AUGGUCUCAACCAGGCGCCCCAAGGGCCUGCGGCCUGGGGGAAGGAGGCGGGAUGACGUGAUUUGCAACGCGCCUCGCUGCAACAAGGGCUGCAAGGCCAUACCAGAUGAAAACACGCUAAGUCCAGCUUUUCUGUAUGCACUAACAUUAUAUGUCGAGUUCAAGCUUCUCAAUCAAAUCGCGGGGAAGCGAAAGCUUCCGACGCCCCUGGUCGACAAGCUACCUGACAGUUUGCAGGGUUCAGCAGUCUAUUCAUCAUUUGGUUUCUUGAACGCGUUUUUCGUUGAUCCAAAUCCAUCCCGACGACAGAGACAAAGCUGGUAUCCCUCCGCGCGCUCGCAGGCUACGGUAUAA